CGGGAGCGGCAUCCCGGGACCGCCAGCGCCGGGAGCGGCUCCCUGAGACCGGCAGGACCCGCACCGGCUCCCCGCCAAUCCAUCCCCGUCCCGGAGCCGAUCCCGGCCGAUCCAUCCCCGAUCCAUCCCCGUCCCCGCCGAUCCCCGCGCAGCCGGCAGGCCCGAGCUCUCGGCGCUCCCCGCAGCCGAGGGACCGAGCCCGCCCCGCGGCCGCCGUCCCGCACCGUGCCCGGGGGAGACGCCGCCUCCGGUACCCGCUCCUGUCCCCUGACAACGCCCUCGAACGUCCUCGGGUGUUUUUAAGUGUCCCAGCAGGAGCAGAGGCCCCGUCCUGGGAAUGGACAGCGCUGCAGACCCUCAGCAAAGCCCCCCAGCAGGCACCUGAGGCCAGGAAUGAAGAUACUGCAAGAUGCUCAACUCCAGCACCAGCCCCUCAGGCAGCAACUGCAGCCACAGCACGGUGAUAACCACGACAGUCAUCCCGCUGCUCUACUGCUUCAUCUUCCUCGCGGGGCUCUCGCUCAACGCCCUGGCAGCCUGGGUCUUCCUCUACGUUUCCAGCACUAAGAGCUUUAUUGUCUAUCUCAAGAACAUCGCUGUGGCCGAUCUCCUCAUGAGCCUGACGUUUCCCUUCAAAAUCCUGGCUGAUUCGGGGCUUGGCCCCGCGGAGCUGAGCCUGUUCGUGUGCAGGUACUCGGCAGUCGUGUUCUACAUGAACAUGUACAUCGGCAUCACCUUCUUCGGCCUCAUCGGCUUUGACAGGUACUACAAAAUCGUAAAGCCUUUGUUCACCUCCUUUGUUCACACAGUCAACUACAGCAAGGUGGUCUCUGUGAUCAUAUGGCUGUUGUUAAUGAUUAUGUCAUUUCCAAAUAUGAUUUUAACUAAUGAAAUCACUAAAGACAAUUACUCCAAAAAAUGUAUAGGUCUUAAAAGCGAGCUCGGCAGACAGUGGCACAAAGCAACAACUUAUAUUUGCACAGGGAUUUUCUGGAUUGUUUUUUUUCUGCUGAUCGUAUUUUACACUUCUAUAUCCAAAAAAAUUUACAGCUCUUACAAAAAAUUCCGGAGGAGCUCCGACAUGUCCAAGAGAAAAACCAGCCGGAACAUAUUCACCAUCAUGUUUGUGUUUGUCAUUUGCUUUGUGCCCUACCACCUCUGCAGGACCCCAUACACCUUGAGCCAGACCAGCUCCCAGUUCACCUGCCAGUCCCAAAAAUCGCUGUACUACGCCAAGGAGUUCUCUCUGGUGCUGUCUGCAGCAAAUGUCUGCCUUGAUCCCAUUAUUUAUUUUUUCCUCUGCCUCCCCUUUAGAGAAAAGCUGUAUCAAAAACUGCACCUCAAGCUGAAAGCUUCAAGUGAGGUUGAAAUUUCUAAAUCCAGAAGAUCAAAUACACUUCCGGAAAGUAUAAACAUAGUGUAGGUUUGUGUCUCCACAAUAAUGCACAUUACAGGAAGUUAUUCAUGAACACAACUGUCCCAAAGAAACAGAGCACAUGACAAGCAGCAACAAGCAGGAGAGGGGCUCAGCACAACACCAGGUGCUGCUUCUCUGCCUAAACCCAGCACUGCAUGUGCCAAUGUAUUCACUACGUGCUGUGCCAGCUGAUGCCCCGAUUGCCUUAGGGUGUGACACGACCCAUCCGGAUCCCAAAAACACAGAGGAGGACCUGGAACAGCACAGUCUGGAGCUCCAGGCCGUGGGUCUCUGGCACCACCAUCCAACAGACCCAAACCCACACCAGCCUGACUCCCUGGGCUCCCAUGGACAGAAACAUGUCCACACCAAACCAUAGCAACUCCCUCAUUGCUGCUGCAGAAAGAGACAAGAGCAUCACAGAGCCACCUGGGAACACACAAGUACAGCUGUGCAAGAACUCUGGUACAUUUAAAUCCAAAAAGAUUGGCUGGUUUUCCUAUGAUUUUUACACAGCAGUAAAGCAUUUCUGUCUCUACCAAGAUAACAGCUGAAAGCCACUCACCUGCUCUAUACAAUUAUAAUCUCUUUUAUAACUUUAUUUUUUAGAUCAGCUUUUUCUUCUAAUUGAUUUCGUUAUUAUACAGGAAAAACAUACCAGGGCCUAAAGCAUCCAUUAAAGCUUUCAGAGAGUGCUCUGGAUCUGAAUAUCUUCAUUUUACUUAACAAAGAAGCUAUAGAAACAGAAAUAACAAGUCCUUCACCUUUCUGCCACUGCUUUUUGUUUUAGUCCAAACAGACCUAAGGGUGAAAAAUGUUUAAACAUUUGGUCCUUGCACCUCCUCUAAGGCUGUGGGUAACUUCUCUUGGUCCGAGACCACUGGUCAGGAGCACCAGGAUUCUACCACUCUGCAGGAUUGUACUCCAGCUGAAGGUCUGGACACCUCCACUGGGUUCACACACAGCCUUUGGAGCAAAUUCAGCUCCAUGUGUUUCCCAGCCCGAUCCCAGUGAGCACCAGAAGCUGGGGGUCACCACCCUGAACCUGCCCACAGGGACUGCAGCAGAAGGCUGUGUUCUGGUUGUGUUUGUUAAAGAAAAUACAUAAAAGAUAUUUAUAUGGGUUCUUUCAGAGCUCCCUGACUCUGUCACUGAGGCGCUGCAGGCUCUGCCCUCCAAGCAAGGGAAGCAGCCUGCUGGGGAAGGGAAUCCAGUGCUUUGUGGGAGAUCUUUUGUCAUUUAUGGCAAAAGCAUUCAGAUCCCUACCUGGCAGGAAUUGGUACUUGCCUACGUAAAUGUACACAAUUGCAGCUCUGAAAGAUCACUGGCACAGACAGAUGGAAACACUUCCACAAUAUACAUUUAGAAUAACUUUAUAAUUGCUUUGCAAGCUUUGAAAAAGUUAUUUAUAUUGUGCAACUGUUUCACACCUCCCCAGAUUACUGGUGUUAGAACAACAAGGAUCCACAUGCAGGCACCAGGGGAACGGAUGCUGGUCAAAACCUGUGCUCAAAAGAGAUGCCACAUUUCCAGCUUUUCAUCCAUGUUGAAAAAAUCCUCCCCCAGGAGCUUCCCUAGUCAGGAAAUGGUUCCAUGCCCCGACGCUGCUGCAGUCCCACCCUGUGGGUGACAAGUCCCAGGGAACACCAGUGUCAAACCACCCCUCUGCUCCAGCUCCUCAGCCUUCCUCCUUACUUUGCUGGGUGAACUGAGGCCAAUUUUUUUUCAGUACCGGGUAAAGAAUCCUUUCCCAUCUUUCCCAGCACAUCAGGCUGGGCUCACAUAGCCCAGGCCAGCUCCUCACACACUCAGGGAAAUACUCAUGUUCAAGAUCUGCUCUCUUCCCACAACACUUCUGCAGGAAGGACAGACCAUUACUCAGUAAAGGUUUACCAAAACACCACUUUGUAUUUUUAGACCUGGAAAAGUUCCCUGAUCUGUAAACUGACAAAAAGGGGGAGAGUGACUGACAGAGACACACAGCAACACACAGACAGAAACAACUGCUGCAGUUUGGGCUUAAAAAAAAAAAAACCCU